CAGAGGACCAGCCGCCUGGCGGCGUUGCCGUGGAGACGGAGCUGGCAGUGUGGAUGUGGCAACUCGCCUGGGCACAGCCUUUGCUGACGGUCUGCUGCAGGGGCUCACAGGACCGACGCCAAUAUGAUGCUUUCAAGGGCCAAACCCGCCGUGGGCGGCGAGUCACCGCACACCGACAAAAGAAAGAAGAAAGGUAGGAAAAUUCCAAAACUAGAGGAUCUGCUUUCGCAAAGAGAUUUCACCGGCGCCAUUACCCUAUUGGAGAAGUUCAAGCGCCAUGUUGGGGAGCAAGAAGAGGAUACUAAUUUGUGGAUUGGAUACUGUGCUUUUCACCUGGGUGACUACAAGAGCGCUUUGGAGGAAUAUGAAAAUGCAACAAAGGAGGAAAACUGCAACCCAGACAUGUGGGUAAACUUGGCCUGCACCUACUUUUUUCUUGGGUUGAAGAUGCUGGGUGCCAGCUCUCCAGACCAACUGUUGAAUUCUUUAUCAAGAACAUGGUUCUUUUUCUUUCAGCUCCAAAGAGCCGGCUGCAGAACCGCCUGCUGUUCCAUCUGGCUCACAAGCUCUCCUCCAUCUUCAUCCAGAAAGGGCAGCUUGAAUCUUUCUGCUAACAGGGAGUACCUGGCCCUCAAUGUUUACGUGGCCCUCUGCUACUACAAAUUGGAUUACUAUGAUGUGUCCCAAGAAGUCCUGGCUGUUUACCUUCAGCAAAUUCCUGAUAGUACCAUCGCACUCAACCUUAAGGCUUGCAAUCACUUUCGCCUUUACAACGGCAAAGCAGCUGAGGUAGACAUGUACACGUGUUUCUCCAUAAACUCUGGGGCCCAUGACUCGGUAGUAGUGUUUUUUAACUUUAAUUAUGCCCAAGCCAAAGCUGCUACUGGCAACACCAGUGAGGGGGAAGAGGUUUUCCUCUUGAUCCAAAGUGAGAAGCUGAAAAAUGAUUACAUCUACCUCAGUUGGUUAGCUCGCUGCUAUAUCAUGAAUAAAAAACCAAGACUAGCUUGGGAACUUUAUCUCAAGAUGGAAACUUCCGGCGAGUCCUUCAGCCUCUUACAGCUCAUUGCUAAUGACUGUUACAAGAUGGGCCAGUUCUACUAUUCAUCCAAAGCUUUUGAUGUCCUAGAGAGGCUGGAUCCCAAUCCUGAAUACUGGGAAGGCAAAAGGGGUGCCUGUGUGGGCAUUUUCCAGAUGAUUUUAGCUGGGAGAGAACCCAAAGAGACCCUCUGAGAAGUGCUGCACUUGCUCAGAAGCACAGGAAACACCCAAGUGGAGUAUAUCAUCAGGGUCAUGAAAAAGUGGGCCAAGGAGAACAGAGUGCCUAUAUAAACAGCUCUCUCAAGGGUGAUGGUACCUGUGGGAAGAUGGAGGAAUGACAGGAGAGAAAUGUAAUGCAUGCUCACAGAAAUAUCCCUGAGACAAUUCUAGCUGCUUUCCCAAAGUUAAGUGCUUCCAAGGAUGUUUGCACAUAGGUUGGCAAAGAACAAGGAUGGGUCAGGCUGGGAGAGAACUGAGGUCUGGAUGACCAGGGAUUCUCAGCAUGAGGUGGGUGAGGCAUCUGUGACCUCACAAUUGAACCCUGCCCUAGUAAUGCCAGGGUCUUACCUGAGGACAAGCCAGAGUCCAGAAGGAGGGCUUGAUUCACAGCAAGUGCAUGUGACUGGGUAAGUUUGGGCUGUUUUCUGGGAUGGACACUACCUGAAAUUAAUCAUGUGAGUGACUCACUCGGUUUGAGGCACUUCUUUAUUGAGAUCUUAAAUGGGGACAAUGAAACAUAUUUAAAAUGACCCAACAAAGUGAGGUAUUUGAAAUGUCCCAGCCUGAGGACAGCUCAUCCUAAGAAGAGCUAGAAACAGCAGGAGUCAGAAGUCUCAUACGAGUGGGACUGGCCCUUGAAGACCACAUGGAGGGAAACCCCUCCACUCACAGAGAGAGAGGCCUCGGGAUGAAGCCACACAGGUGGAUCUGCACCAGGACUCCAGCCUCUGACCUAGGUGAUAAGGACGGAGGGUUCCUGUUUGUAUGCCCACAUUAGACAAUCACAUGCAGGUUGUUCAGGGAGUGUGGGCAAAGCAUCCCUGGCACUGAUAUCUGUUCUUCCCUGAUAAUUCUGGUCCCUGGUGGUAACGAUGUUUUCAUUUAUACUAAGAUAGACAUAGACAGCUGCCAUAAUUUGGGAUCAGAAUCCAAUGUCACUGUCACAGGAAGCACCGUGGCAGUACUCUCCUUCUAAUUCUGUGUUUAUACAUGGUUUCACUUGGAUGUGUUUAGAGGAAUGUUUAGGCUCUGUGGAGGGAGAAAUAUACACAGGAUUCCUGGGAGGAGGGCAUAAUUUAACCUCACUGUGCUAUACUGGGUGCAGGGUGAUAAAGGAUAUGAGGCACAAUGUGGUUCUUUAACAGGACCUGUGCUAUAGCUGUAGAAAAAGCUGCAGUAAGUAUCUGUAAGAUGUGUGACAAAGAACUAGUGUAACAAGGACUCAGGAAGACAACACCCACAACUCACUGGAGAAAGAGGCCAUGGGAUGUUCACACCCAGCCUGUAUCACAUGAGAAGACUUCAGGCUCCAGCCUGGUGCAGAAUAAACUCUGCCAAUGGGACCAAGCCAGGGACAACCAUCAGCUAAGGCAGCCCACAGUGUCAGGACAGGUAGGGAGUGUGUCAAAAUCAUUACUGCAGGGGUCUGAAGGGACUUUCCUUCUAGACAGCAUGAUCCUGAUCUUUUGUAACUAUCGGUUGGGGCCAGCAUGGCUGAAGUCAGGGACACAAUAAGAAACACAACUACAGCCAUCUCCCUAACCUAUCUACAUUUACAUUUAAAUUAUUUGUAAAAUUUAAUGAAGAGAGGCCUCUGAAGAGAGUGUCAACUCAGUGCAUAGUCUAUGAUGUAAGGCUUGAGCCUCCAGAAUGUUAAAGAUAAUUACUGGCACCACCCACCUGUUUGUGGCAUCCCCACAGGGAGCACAUGCUUCACAGGUAGGGGUGCUUCUCAUGGGCUUCUCUAGACAUGAACCUUCCUGGCAAUCAUCUUUACAUUCGGCUCAUAGGCCCUUCCCAGAAUGGCCACAGACACUGAUGCCAUACUCUAUCCGUUUUAUUUUCAAACUUAAGCUUUUACUGAGGAGACCUGAGUUAAUAUAUUUGUGGUUUAAUCUGUAUGUAUGUCUGAGUGGAUUUUGUCAAAUUUCUUCAACUAACCACAACCUGUAUUUGUGAGAAAAGGUGACAGCUGCUGAGGCAGAGUCAGCACCUGCCUCGGGACUCCAGUUUCCAAAUGACGACAGGAAGAAGCUCUGCUGCUAUACAGAUCUCCAGAGUGACAUUCUCAGAAGUCAUUGACUGUUUCAUGGCAGGACCAGAAAUGCUGAAAAUAGACCAAGAUUUGGUCAAAGAUUUGGGCAAGCAUCGGCUGGAAAGGAUCGACUACUUCCACCCUAAUGAUAAACAGGUACCCUGACCCUGAAAUAGGCUGGACACCAAA